AUGUCCAAACCUGGACUUCCGACGGUUCAACUUCGUUUUCGUCUUGGAAAACUUGUGACAGCGAUUCGUUACCCGGCAUCGAAGAGAAUCGAAACCGUUCCGUCCUCAGUGGACGAUAGUCGGGGUACAACUUUUAUCUCGCACAUCAGUCAUCAUAUUCAACCUCCUCCACCACUGACGACGACAGCGGCUUCGAGAACGGCAACCGUCAGUGGCCAGUCAUCAACGAGUCCUGAACGACAUAGAGUCAUGCCUCCGACUACCGCAUAUCGUACAGUAGAUAUACCUUUCGAUGAAUCACCGGCCGCCUAUCAGCCUAAGAAGGAUGAGAAUGUUCGUACAGUGACAGUGACUAUGGGCACCCACCCAGUACAGAAAGGCCUAGGAUUUUCAAUUACAAUCGAACGUGGACGUCCGACUAUCGAUAGCGUCAUAGUCAGCUCACCGGCCGAUCGAGCUGGACUUCUGAUCGGUGAUCGAGUGAUUUCCAUAAAUGGAGAAGACCUCAAAGACAAAUAUCCGUCGGCGAUCAAUCGAAUGCUACAUGAAGCAGCUCGAUUGGGUGAAGCUGAAGUAUGCAUUGAAAGAAAGGACGCGCCACGAGCAGAUCAUCCGUCACCACGGGAAUACAAUUCAUUGCCGCGAUCGACGUCUGCUGGGGUGAUUCCACAAAGCAGAAGGGAUAGCUCUAUUUCAGCAAGUCAGCGUUCAGCUGCUGUUUCACCGAGCCGAAGCUAUUUUGAUAGCAGGACGAGCACCCGUACUGAAUACAGAACUGUCAAUGGGCCGUCAUCCGAUUACAAAGUGACAUCAAUGCACGAAAAAACAGGUCCCGGCAAACUGACCGAUUUCGUGCCAGAAAGUGAACGAGCUGCAGCGAAAGCGGCAGAGGACGAGAAGAAAGGUGAGUCCUUCAAUGAACAUCGCGACGGUUUAGUUGGAAUCAUUCUUUCCGGCUCAGAAUACUCCUACCGUCGCGCUUCCGAGGAGGAACCGCGACUGAUACGUAACUACGAUCUUCCACCUGCCAAACCUGCAACCACAAGGGUCACGCCAAUUCCUGUGACGACCUCACCCUUCGCCGCACCACGUCGCAUAAGCACAGAGAACGAGUCAGUGAGUGCGGUCCCGAAACGAUCGACACUGCCCCGAGAUACUCAUAUUCAUGAAGAAAGUCGCCAUCUUGAAGAUGAUACGGUAGCUGGAAGAUCUUAUUUGCGCAAAACACUUCGUCAAUCUCUAUCGCCAACACCUCCCGUUGGAAUUCUGCGACGAUCUCCCGAGAUCGACUACUCGCCCCCAUCAGGGGCCCACUGUAGUGAAAGCAGAACCGGCGGCACCACGACAACCACACGUGAUUACCGCAGUGAUCGUUGGACUUGCUCUUAUCCAACGUCUCAUCGGCGAUCGCGUAGCUCGUACGAGUUACGCGAUCGAGGUGGACAAGAUUACUCCUUCGAGGACAGGUAUCUAGAUCGUGACGCCUAUACUCGAGAAAAAUUGGAGCUGGAUGAGAUGUAUCGCAAGCGGACAACUCAAGAGAGAGUAGGGCGUCGUGACUACGUACCCCGAACGACGGUGGUACCAAUCAGGCGCGUGGAUGGCGACUACCGUAGCAUACACACGCCACGCCCAUUCCACAUUCCGCGAUCGAAGUCAAGCGACUAUGUCCUCGAAAAGGAGUAUGACCGCCGCGACGACUACUACAUCUCAGAACCCUAUCGUCGUCUUUACGAUCGUGCAAGCGACUAUUCGGAUCGUUUUGAACGACGUGGCUACGACAUCGACAUACAAAGGGAUUACGAUCGUGCCAGAGAUGCAGAACGACGAGCUUUGCGCGACACCUGGCGACAACCGCGGUACAGUAAGAGUGUCGAGCGACGAACUGAAGAGCACAUGGAGUAUGAAGAAAAGGAAAAACGCAUGUGGAUCCCCGAACGAAGGGUGGUGGUGGGUGUGAACUGUGUCCGUCUUGUCCUUUUGUGUUUCCGUAUUGCUAGUAUUCAAUGUUUAUGGUUGUUUUGUAAGCAGAUAAUCCUUCAUUGUGUCAUGUAA